AAAUAUAUUAGUACAAUGCAAGGGGAGAAAUCAAACUUUAUGGAUCACCAAAAGUGUCCUAAAAAUUUUGCAGAACGAUAACCUAUAAAUAGAAAAUCUUAAUCAGGUCUUUCUUCUUCCCCACCAUCAAAAGACAACUAGCUCUCUCUCUCAUACAACGCGCGCGCGCGCGCGCACACACACACACACACAUAUAUACAUAUACAUAUACAUAUACAUAUACAUAUACAUAUAUAUUCGUUUUUCAGUUCUAUCCCUUCCUUGUCCUCCAUCAAGGGAGCGAAAGUCCUUCUCUCUCUCCUCAUUCACGAUCAUAGGAACCUGCAUUUUUGCGAGGUAUAUUCCUAUUCAGGAGAGGUGAAAUUUGUCUUGAGCUCCAUCGAUUCUAGGGAUUCGGCGAGCGGCGGCGAUGGAAUCCGAGGAUGACAUGCAUGAUCUGAUCGACGCCGAGUCCCUCGACGAUGACUUCUACAGCGGCGAGACCGCCUUGUAUUCCGACGAUGAUGAGGCCGACUACGACUUCGAUAAUGACUCCGACGGUUCUGACAACAUCAUAUCUCUUCGCAGCCAGCAAAACUACAAUGUCUUGAGUGAAGCUGAUAUUCGUCAACGUCAAGAGGAAAACAUUAUGGAGAUAUCUGCAGUGCUUUCUGUUUCCACGGUUGCUGCUAGCAUCCUACUUCGUCACUAUAAUUGGAAUGUUAGUAAAGUGCAUGACGAGUGGUUUGCAGAUGAAGAAAGAGUCCGCAGGACUGUUGGCUUGUUGGAGAAACCUGUUCCACUGCCAAAUGAUGUAGAACUGACUUGUGGGAUCUGCUUUGAUACCUGUCCCCGUGAUAUGAUGAGUGCUGCUGCUUGUGGUCAUCCUUUCUGUGGUGCAUGCUGGCAAGGUUAUAUAGGCACAUCCGUUAAUGAUGGUCCUGGAUGUUUGAUGCUGCGAUGUCCUGAUCCAUCUUGUGAUGCUGCUGUUGGCCAAGACAUGAUAAAUCUAUGGGCAUCCGAUGAUGAUAAAGGGAAGUAUAACCGUUACUUCCUGAGAUCAUUUAUUGAAGACAAUAGAAAGACCAAAUGGUGUCCUGCUCCAGGCUGUGAUUAUGCCUUGGAUUUUAGUGCCGGUACCGGAAGCUACGAUGUUACUUGUCGAUGCUCGCAUAGCUUUUGCUGGAAUUGUACAGAGGAAAUGCACCGUCCGGUUGAUUGUGGCACUGUGGCCAAGUGGGUUCUGAAGAAUAGUGCCGAGUCGGAAAACAUGAAUUGGAUAUUAGCCAACUCCAAGGCUUGUCCAAAGUGUAAACGGCCAAUUGAGAAGAACCAAGGUUGUAUGCAUAUGACAUGCACACCACCUUGUAAAUACGAGUUCUGCUGGCUUUGCCUUGGUGAUUGGACUGAGCAUGGUGAGAGAACUGGUGGUUUUUAUGCGUGCAAUCGUUAUGAGACAGCAAAACAAGACGGAGCGUUUAGCGAAGCCGAGAAACGGAGAGAGAUGGCUAAAAAUUCUAUUGAAAAAUAUACUCAUUAUUAUGAAAGGUGGGCAACCAAUCAAUCGUCUAGGAAAAAAGCACUUGAAGACUUGCAGCAGAUGCAAGAUGUACACUUCGAGAAGCUGAGCGACAAACAGUGCCAACCUGAAACACAGCUUAAGUUCAUAAUAGAUGCCUGGAUGCAGAUAGUUGAAUGUAGGAGGGUGCUAAAAUGGACAUAUGCCUAUGGAUAUUAUUUACCUGAGCAUGAACAUAAUAAGAGGCAAUUCUUUGAGUACUUGCAAGGUGAAGCUGAGUCUGGGUUGGAACGACUUCAUCAGUGUGCAGAAAAGGAGCUACAAGUGUAUAUCGAUGCGGAUGGUCCAUUAAAUGAUUUUAAUGAGUUCCGCACAAAGCUGGCUGGACUGACCAGUGUGACCCGGAAUUUCUUCGAGAACCUGGUCCGAGCUUUAGAGAACGGUCUGUCAGACGUGGCCUCGCGUGGUGCAUGCAGCAGGACGGGCAGCUCGAAGAGCUUGGGAGGUGGGAGCAGUAGGGGGAGAAGCAAUAGGGGCAAGCGAGCGACUUCCAGAUCAAGCAGUUCAAGAACCCUCGACGAUUCAGGAGAGCACUGGUCAUGUGAAUACUGCACCUUUGCCAACGUCAAGACUGAUACCACUUGCCAGAUGUGCCAGCAAGACCGAUGAAGCCCAUUUCAAGCAUGAUCCAAUUUGGGUGGGGAAAUUUUGGUUUUGACUUUCUCUGGCUAGUUGCGGUGAAGCCCUCAUAGACCAUUACCCGCAGGAAGGAUUUAUUAGUCAUUUAACCCAAAGCGAUGAACCUGAUGAGAUAGGAAUGCAGAAUGGAAACAAGGAAGAGGUGAGGAAGGGCAGAGGCAAGUUUUUUAGUCAGAAGGCCCUUUUUUAGUGGAGUCAUAUAUGUGUUUAUAUAUUCUUUUAAUGGUCACUCCUCGGCUGUAAUUAUACCAAAAAGGAUUUUUGUCGAGCUUAAACCCUACGAAUGGAUUGUAAGCUGAAUUCUACGUCGAGACAACAAGCUUUUUGAUCUCUGUGAGAACGAGUAAAUAUGUUCCCGAACUCUGUUAAGUUCCAGACUGUGUAUAUGAUCACUUCUACAAAACAUUGAAGAUGAAAAUUUGUCACUCUUCUCUGUCUCAUUGUAUCAUUUGGUGCUUGCUAUCAUUUCUUUUCUCCUGUGUCC